AUGACGGAACCCAACCAAGUAUUGCAACCACCUGGCGUGCUUCUGUCUACAUUCACCGAUGCCACCGGCCAGCCCGUGGUGUUCUACAUCGACCCGAUGGAUCCUAAUAGGGAGAAAUACCAAAAAUUGAUCCAUACGCAUGGCGGAGUGGUUGAAACCGAUGAACGUAUGUUGCAACGCAAUGAUGUGGCCCAGUUGAGUACUUAUCCGUGGCCAGACCGUACCACCAUUGCCUUUUCCUUCAUUGACCAGCUGCUUAAGAAGGGUCUGAUGGUUUAUAUUGAUGAUUAUCGUUUGGAUGCAGCAUUGGCCAAGAAGGGCCCGCUCCACUAUGACGACAACUUGGAUGCUGCUAAUGCAGUUGCUCAGGCGUUGGCUAAAAAGCUGAAGAUGGGCAAAACAACAAAAAAGUUUGAUGCUGAAUCUGAUGCUUACAUCUUGGAGCAGGUGAGAAUGAAGCCACGCUUCAGAACAUCGCACAAGUUCUUUGAAGAAUUGGCUCACCACUCACUUUUGGAGGGUCACACUGGUAACUCAGUAAGAAGUAGAUUCAGAGCCCACUUGGAGCACAAGUUGCAGUAUGUGUUCAAGACAGACGACUUUGACAACUUGAUUCUUGAUGAGGAAGGAAAUAGAAUCGCCAUUCCAGUCAAUCUGGCCAAAACCAUUAAGAACAGAUUCUCUGCUGAUGAUGACUUCCACUUGUGUGACGAUAUCAUUAACCACGUGUUGAACACUCAGGACCCAGACCUGUUGAAGUUUGCUGAUGGCCAGUACAAGGACGGAUACUUGAACGAGAACAAAUUCAGUGUGCUGAUAUCAUUUUUCGACGAUUACGCCCGCCACAACCCACAGCACUCGUCGCUGAGUUGGAGAGACCGCUACAGAAAGUUUGCUCGCGUGUACGGCUUGCAAAAGUACAGAGACUACUACUUGCGUGAGUUGAAGAGUAAGGAUGGUCCCCAGCCCAUGAAGAACUUAACUUCGCGUGCACUGAAGGAGAAGAAGAAGAUUGAAAACAACGUGCGUAGGAUGAAGAAGGCCCAUGACGAUGCAGAGGUGGCCGCUGCUGCUGCUGUGGCUGCUGUGGCCAAUAAUGGUCAUCUUUUGGGCCACCCAGACCAUGUUCUGCAACUUCCUCAUACUCAAAUGGAUGCCAAUGCAGCUGCUGCCGUAGCCAACUUGGCAGUUUCGGCCCGCGAGGCAUCUGCAUUGGAUGAGGAAAUUGGUGAGGUCAAGAACUCCAACAUCCACGAGGCACUCAGAAACGUUGGUGCUGAGGCUGGCAGAGUUAACAUCGACGACGACAUUGUCCACUCUGGUGUACGUGCGCUUGCCGACCAUAGCGCCAUUCACCCAAGUCUUUCUGGUAAUCCCGAGGAUUCCGAUGGCGACGAUUUUGAGUUGGCCAUGAAGUUGGAGGAGGAAUCGCAAGACUCAUUGAAUGGAGAUGCCGUAUACAUGCCUCGCAACACCACCAUCGACGAUAUGUUCAACAAGCACUUCUACAUGAACGAUUCUAAGGAUAUUUUGGACAUGGUGGGAGAGAUUUUGAGGCCAUUGGGCCCCACAGACAUCGACACGGUGUUCAAAGAGUUUGAGAGACUUGGCUUGUCUCGUGCAUUCACAGCACAUAUACUUAAAGUGACAAGUGCCAACGCCAAGAGCAUCCACGAUUUCUUGGUGCAGCUUUUCCAGGGCUUCGACAAGCUGUUGAACCCACAAAACAUGUUGGAACAUAAGCAGAUGAACUUAGCGGAUCUAUUGUUUCCUCGCAACCAGAACGGGUUCUGGAUCCAAGAGUAUGACUUGUACUUGCGCAAGGGCAAGUAUCAAAAAUUACAGUUUCAGGAUGAGGAGAGUUUACGGGAGAGACGAGCAUUCCUCGGACUCGACGAGUAG